AUGGCGAUGGCAACCAGGCUGGUCUGCGCCCUCCUUCUCCUCCUCCUCGCCGCACUGUGCCGCCAGAGCCUGGCCCAGAGAGCCCCAGCUGUGCCGGACAAGUGCUGCUUCAACUUCCAGAUGAAAAGGAUCAAGAGAGACAACAUCGUCGACUGCUACCUCACCAGCCCCGAGUGCCCGCACCAGGCUGUGAUCUUCAGACUGAAGAGCGGGAAGGAGAUCUGCACCCAGGCGAGCAAGGCCUGGGUGAAGAGGUACCAGCAGCGUUUUCAAGUCAGCUCCUUCUCCAUCCCCAGCUAG